AGAAACCGCCGUUUCGAGUCAGCGGCCAUUUAAAAUGGCGGCGGUGAUGCGUGCCGUUUGCCGUUCGAGAAGUUGGAACUUUAAAUGGCGAAGUGUUUGCACUAAAAGGGAUUGGGAACCCGAAGAGAAAGUAACUCACACGGGACAGCAAUGGACCGAAGACGACUAUCGAUUAGCAAGAUUCGUCGACAAACCGAAACAGAUAAACGAACACUUUGCCAUCGAUCUUAUUGCCGAAACACCUCCCAUUCCGGUGAAGGAUAAUCACACUUGGUGUAAUGGCGGCGGAGGACCUCUAGGACAUCCCAAGGUUUAUAUAAAUUUGGAUCAACCGGGAAAUCAUGCGUGCGGAUACUGUGGCCUUCGUUUCUUUCAGGAACCUCACUAAAAUAUUCCUCUAGAAUUAAAUUUAGGAAGAUCAGAAGAGGGUUCGAAUGCCGACUUCCUCCGAAAAACAAGCAAAAAUUGUAGAUUACUUAUUGUAAGCGUUGUAAUUAAAUAAUAAUAAUAAUAAUAAUAGACUAAUAAUAACCAGAUUUCCGACGC